UAUACAUACUGGCUGGACUGGUGUGGCUUGGUGCUCGACAGUUUGUUUAGCGCGUCUUUUUAUUUUAUUAGUUAUAUUAAAAUUAUAAUUUCAUUGAGUUUAUUAUUAUUAAGCCUUAUUUUUUAUUAAAAUUUAGUGUUUCAAAAAAUAUAUAUAAUUUUUGUUUAGUUAUUAUCGACUGUUUAUUUAUUAACUUCUUUCAUCCGUGUCAGUUAUUUUAGUCGAUUAAAGGUUAAUGUAUAAGUUUAGAUUUAGAUUUAUUUACUGGAUAAAUACAACUAUUAUCAGCAUAGUGAAUAUUAAUUGAUGUCGACUUUUGGAUUACACAAGGAGUAAAGAGUUAUCUCGCAGCAAGAUGGAUCGUUCCGCCAAGGAAGCAGGCUUAAAUAUGGUCUUAAAUGACUUGAACGGUUUUCAUCAGACAUUUUUAGCUGGCUUGGCAACAAUAGAACAAUUACGCAAAGACCAUGUAAACUUCAUUCGAGAUUUGGGCACUCAGAUAGCCAACAAGAGGCCGGGACUCCUUCCAAAAACACCGAAGCGUAAACGUAUUCACACAAUUCUGGAGAACGAAGAAGUUUCACCCGAAGGAAAGAAAACCCUCGAAACACCAGCGAAGACCGAUGAUGAAGAACCAAACAAGGAGGAAGAAGAAGAAGUAGUCGUUCCUAGGUCUCGACGCGGUGCUUCCGUCAAGGCUAAUGAAAAAAUAAAAAAACAGCAAUCUAUAACGCUUAAUGCUAAACUACGCAGACCGUCUAACGAUGAAGAUGUCAUGGAAGUAGUAGUGAAACCCCGAACGACUCGAGGCAAGCGGGCGAAACAACCUGUUAGUGGAUCUGAUGACGAAGAGUUAAAGAGACCAUCCAAGCAAUCAAAAAUCGAGAAAAAGAGUCACAAACUGAUGGAGAAAGUUACUAUCAAAGUCGAGCGAAUAUCUUCAACAAUUGAGCUGAACGAAGGGGAUAAUAAUAAUAAAAAUGUAAGCGAUGUUGAAAUGAUGAGUCCUCCGCGCGAAACUCGAUCUACAAAAAUUUCUGUACCAGAGCCACCAGCUGAUAAGAGUAUUGGUGAACAAGACAACACUCUUAUCACUGAAGCGUCAAUGUAUGAAGAUGCUAUUGGUAGCAAAAUGCUGCCGAUGAAUUCAACGAUGAAUCCCAAUAGCACCAUGACCAUUGACAGAAAAAUGAUGAACGUGACAGUAGUGUUGGAUAAAAUGAAUCAAACUGUCACUUUGAGUAAAAAUUCUCUGCCAUCAACUUCCGGUGAAAUGGUGCCAACAGUACUGUUAUCAAAGAAUGAAUUUCGUAAGAAAACGUCGUCGUUAAAAUCUAAUAUCGUUCAUUCAGAAGUUGAUGAGCUUAUUACUGACGACGAGUCUUCGCCGGAACGCAUUAAAGCUGUCAAUUCAUCCAAGUCCACAACCAAAAAAUUCAGAAAAUUAAAAGCCGCUGUAGUGAGUGAAACCGAAGACUCUGAAGAUGAAGUUUUAGCUACGCCGGUUAAGACAAAUCUUAAAACAAAGGAUCUUAAGUAUAAACAAAACGCGCUGUUCAGUCCUUAUGCAAAGCAAUCUGUAAAGAAUAAGGUCGAGGCUUUUGAACAAGUAGCACGAAGUCCUACAAAAGAACAAACAACUGGAAGAGUUACGAGAACUAAAACGCGAGCUAUGGCAAACGCUGCUGAUACUGCAGCCAGCAAAGCUCCUAAAACUCCGAACCCAGCUGAUGUUCGCGCUCGUAAGUCAUUGGCUAAAGCCAAAAAAAUAGCCAUCGCUAAACAAAAGCGUGAUGAUGACAAUGAAAAAGAGAAUGCGCUUCUAAAUUCUGCUCAAAAGUCGCGCCUACCAGUUGCUAAGUCUGACAAGCUGGCGCAGAAGCAACAAUUGAGGACGACUCCGGUCAGCAAAGCGCGAUUACACAUGCCAAUGUCAGUGAAUCGCUUAGCUCAUACUCCGGUCAAUGCUCACGUCUUACCAGCUUCUACCAAAGCAGCGACUACUUCCAAGACAAGCCAUCUGAGUCACGCGUCGUCAGUCGAUUCGGUGAGCCACUCGAAACCACUGAGUAAAUCAAGCUCUAUCGACAGCUUGGUUGAGAAAAAGCAGCGAGACGAAGAUGCUAGGAUCAAGAAGGAAGAGGCGCUGAGACAGCAAACUGAAGAGAAACGACGCAAGCGGGAGGAGAAAGAGCUCAAGAAUAAAAAAGCUAGGGAGGCUCAAGAAAAAUUGGAGCAGGAAAAGCGCCUCAGGUUGGAGAAGGAGAAAGAAAUGAAAGCGAAACAUGCUUUGAUAAUGCAGGAAAAAAUGCGCGAAGAAGCGGAAAAGAAAAGGCUCGCACAGCUCCAACGCGCUCAGGAGAAAGAAGAAAAGAAGAGACAAGAAGAGCAGUUGCGCCUGCAGAGGAUGCAUGAGAUUGAAGAAACUGAAAGGAAACUCGCUGAACAGAGGCGACGAGAAGAGGAGAAUGAACGUCGCAAGAAGGCGGAACUCAGAGCUCAGCAAGCAGCUGCUGCUGAAAAUGCUAAAUUGAAGCAGCAGUAUCAAGCUAAAGUUAAAGCUAUGCAGAUGGAGAAGAAUCAGCAACAACAACAGCUACAUGAGGCCCCGACGUCUUAUAAAAUUGACAGUGAUCCUGAUGAUGAUGAAUCAGAUAACGAAUCUAAUCCUAAACAUCCUAUACCUUACUGGGCACAAGCCGGAAUUCGUAAUUUACAAUUGGAACUGCAACAGUACAUUCCGAUAAAUAAUGUUUUAAAAUUCUUUGGAGCUAAAAAAUGCACGCCGGAUUUGUCAGAGCUUUUUGUGGGAGUUAAGAAGGAUCGGAUGAAGAGGACCUCGAGUGCUGUGUGGAAAUCACCGCCUCGGUUUUCAAUGAUGGAAGAUGAAUAAAUAUUUAAUCAUUAGUUAUCAUUCAUUACUUUAAAUAUAUAUUGUUUAAUAAUAUGAUUAUUUAUUUAUUCGCAGAACUAUAGAACGAACAAAAUUGUUUUUUGUAUAAGUUUUGUUUUCUUCUGGUAAUUAUUUUAUUAGGAACAUUCUGAUUAGAUGUGGGAUAAAGCUGAUUAAAGGAUUUUUAUUUAAGUAAACUACUGUAAUGUAUUCUAAAUUGACCUGUAUAUGAAACAAGAUUUAUCGAAAAAUUUAAUUAAUCAAAGUGCACGGACUUUUUUUAAAAUAGAUUGAAUUAAUUUCUAAGAUAUAAUUAGAAAAGUAAUAUUAUUCUAAGUAAGUAUUCUUAUGAUUAAUAAUGUUAGAGUAAAGAAAUAUUAGUUAUGAUUCCUUUUUAUACGUUGUAAUAAAUGACUUUUUUUUAUUA